CCACCGCGAUCGUUGCCGGCCCGCCCCGGGCAGCCGCGGCCAUGGCGGCGCUGGGGGAGCGGCUGCAGGCCGAGGCGAGCUGUUCGGUGUGCCUGGAGCUGUUCUCGGAACCGGUGCUCACCGAGUGCGGCCACAGCUUCUGCCGCCACUGCCUGGCGACGCUGCUGGAGGCCUCGACGACCGGCGCUGCCGCCUGUCCCCUGUGCCGGACCCCCCUGGGCCCGAGCUCGCUGCGGCCCAACCGGGUGCUGAGCUCCGUGGCCGCGCUGGCGGCGGAGCUGGAGGCAGAGGCGGGGCGGUCCCGCUGCCGGGAGCACGGCGAGGCCCUGGGGCUGUUCUGCGAGAGCUGCCGCUGCCUGCUCUGCCCGCUCUGCUGGGACAGUCCUCGCCACCGCCAGCACCGAGCCCGGCCUGCGCAGGAGGCGGCCCAGCGGCUGCGGGAGGUGCUCCAGAGUGACCUGGUUCUUCUACAGAAAGAGAAAGAGGAUUUUAAGCCUGGAGGAGAAAAGCAAAGUGAUGCUCUGCUGAGCAAGGUAGCCGUGGAGCAGCAGAGGCUGAAGGACACUUUCGAGCAGCUGCAGCAGUUCCUGCAGGAGCAGAAGGGGGUUCUGCUGGCCCAGCUGGACCAGGCACAUGAGGAGCUUGCCAAGCAGCGCAGCCAAUACAUCUCCAGAGCUUCGGAGAGGAGGUCUCUGCUGGACAUGGUGAUUGCAGAAUUGGAGAAGAAACGUGACCAGCCUGCGGUCGAAUUCCUAAUGGAUGUUGGCAGAACCCUGAGCAGCUGCGAGGCAGCGAAGGUCCCAGUCCCGGAGCCAGUUUCGCCGGAGCUGCAGAGACACGUUGGGAACCUCUGUGAGAUGAGCCAGCUGGUCACGGCCACUGUGGCCAGCUUCAGAGUGAAAGUGCUGAGUGAGAUGGACAGAGAAAGGGCGAAGGUGGCGCUGGACCCAGAGACGGCGAGCCCAGACCUGCUCGUCUCGGAGGACUGCAGAAGCGUGAGGCUGGGAGACAGGCAGCAAAACCUCCCCAGUACCCCAAAGAGAUUCACGGGCAGCCCCAGCGUCCUGGGCUCCCAGGGGUUCACAUCUGGGAGGCAUUACUGGGAGGUGGAGGUAGGGAAGGGAGACAGCUGGGCCGUGGGGGUGGCUGUGGACUCUGUGCAGAGGAAGGAGUCACUCAGCACGGCCAUGGGGAAGAUCUGGGCCCUACGGCUGGACUGGGAUCGCCAGUACACGGCACUCCACAUGCCCCCCACCCCACUGGUGCUGAAAGAAGAGCCCCGGCGGAUCCGGGUCCACCUAGACUAUGAAGGGGGCCAAGUGACCUUCUACAAUGCAGAGAACAUGGUGCAGCUCCUUCAGUACAAGGCAUCCUUCACUGAGAGGGUCUUCCCAUACUUCUGGCUCUGGUCACAGGAAACCAUCAUCCAGCUAUGUGGGUGACAGCGGUGGACACCUCCCUGCCCUUUCCCUUGGCUUGCUGAGCAGACAAGAGGUGUGGGAACGCUGCAGCGUCUCAUGUUGCAGCCUCACUGCAGCAAUGCCUGGGCGGGAUCCCCUCUGCGCUUUGCUGCCUCUCCUCCUGCUGGGUCCUCUGGAGCAUUAAAGGUGUGCUGUCCUGCA